UCUCCUUCUCCCUCUACCCCAACCGCCGCUUCUCUUUCUCCUUCUCCCCUCAAUCACUAAUCCAAAUUAAUUCAUUCUCCUUCUCUCAAACCAUAACUAGCAGCUUCAACGACGAGGAAUCUCCGGCAAUCAAAGUUUCCUCGGAACUGCCUCAGAGAUCCGUCAAUCCAGCAGCCGAAACAUCAGCUCAAUCAUCCAAGAGAACCCCCACCGCUCAUCUCCAUAGCCUCUGACCGUCAGGCGUCAGGCAUGACGGAUGCGGCACCGUCGGGCAUGACAGUGAGGGAGAGUCGAACUAAGGAAUUCUAAAAAGAGCGAAUGAGUUGGGGGGAAAGGCAGAGUGGGCAAGGAGAGUAGAAGACCUUUUGGCAGAGCGGAUUCCAGAUUUGAAAGUAGCCAUGAAGGUUAGAUCAUCUGUGAAGAAGAUGUGCGAGUUCUGCCAAGUAAUUAAGCGGCGUGGGCGAGUCUAUGUGCUUUGCAGCUCCAAUCCUAAGCACAAGCAGCGACAAGGCCUGGCCACGUUUGCCCAUGAAGGACCCUUGUCUACGGAGUCUACUACCACCAAAGUGAUCACCACCUCUAAUCACAGUCUGCCUUCUCUCACCCCUAAAAGACGUGAGCCGAUGACAUCCGUUGCAUUUGGAUGGAGUGGGAGCCUUGCAUCUCUUCUCUUCAGGCAACCGAAGUAAGAUAACCGACUAACAAUCGUUUCUGAUCAAGCUUAUUGCAUACUGGUGAUCAAUACUGAAAACGCCUCCUUGAAUUCUUCACCUCCCUACUGAAACAUUGAGGUUUUCUGUGUCAAGAGAAUAGGAUGAUGUUAGACAUGUAGCCAUACUUCUGCAGUCAUCCUCCUGCAUAAUCGAUCCGUUUAUCAUUAGUUUGAAUCGUGUCUACUGAAUCCUUCCUAGUUGAUCAUGAUCUUACCGACAUUUGACUGAUGCAGGUUUUGUUGAUAUGGGCCCUUCCUAUUUUGGACAAUCCUUAGAAUCGACUCCUCCUAACUUCGGUUUUUGAUUGCCGGGCUUCAUUGGCCCACAAGUGAAAUCAAUGGAAAGGUGUUUGGUUGGAUCCUUUAAGAAUUUGCCACCCCAUGGCUAAUUGAAAUUUGAAACCCUAAAUUAGGGUGGUCUAUUAGUUAGUUGUAACUGUGUGGAAUGCGAAAGUUCAAUGAUUCUCCAACUUCCAAAAAGCAUUAUUGUUGAGAAAUUGGUUGAAUUAGGAUUGAAAACAGCAAAGGAGAUAAGGUAAGGAGGGUCCCUCAUUUCAAUUCACAGCCAACAUUUAUUGUCAUUCAUGAUUGAGGUUCCAAAAUGGCUAGCUUGUUCAUGAAAUGAAUAUGAGAUUCAGAUUUGUUUGAACUUCAAACAAACUCAAGUUAUCUUAUAAAGAUUAGCAGGUUCUCGACUUGGUAUAUCAAAGUCUUUGUUUGAGAGGUCGUAAGUUGGUUAUCUUAGUUAGUAGCUCUCAAUAUUAAUGUUGAAUUGAUG